AUGGCAGAAAACGAGACCCCUAAAUACCGUCUAAAAGCGACAGCCGGACCCAGCUACGAUCCCUCUACACAUCAACUCGUCCCAGUCAAUGAAGACCAAACCCUACGGAUCGAAAAUGAGCACGCAAUCACGAGUCUCUGCGUCCGCAUCCAAGAUUACACAGGUAAAAGUGGUCCCCUGUCCACCAAUCGACAGUCUACAGCUGCGGAAAGAGAAGAAGAAGAAGAAGAAGAAGAAGAAGAAGAAGAAGAAGAAGAAGAAGAAGAAGAAGAAGAAGAAACAAAGACUGAUUUAAAACACUACCAAUAUUCCAUCUCCUUCGCCAUCGUAUUCAAACGCCCCGUCAACGCCAACUCCCUCCUCUUCGGCAACGACUUCGACCGUCCCAUUCGCGACCGCUUGCCGCCCGGCUUCAACGCAGCUCUUCGCCUCGUCAAAUGGACGAUCGAUCCGACCCUAGACGGCGAUGCGUACGCCGACAAACCGUACCUGUAUAGCCCGGCUGUGGCUUCAUGGAACCAGUUCUGUAUCGGGGAAAAGGUUAGAAAGGACGACGAGGUGCCGGGGAUGCAUGAGCGGGUCGUUGAAGAAGGGGGCGAGGGGUCCGGACUGGAGGUCAGAGACCAAAUGGGAGUUCCGACGAGUGUGAACGAACGGAGAAAGUAUUUUCAGUCGGAAGAGGCUAGGACGGGGUUCAAGUUUGAAGAAGGGAGGGUUUACUGGGUGGAUUUUGGGAACCCUUACUUGGGGUUUAAUGAUUUCUCACUUCACCUUCCUGGCAUUACUAUCAACGUUCUUCCUUACAUUAAUGAGGAUAAUCAUUCGCUGCGGUAUGUGUUGAAGAAUCGGGAUACCGAUGAGGUUUACCUUGUCGUGCUCUUUACGCUUGUUUUGCAGGGAACGGAUGAGGAACCGUGGCAUAAGGAGGAGGCUGAGAGAAUGAGAAGGGAGAGUAAGGAGCACCAUGAGAAGAAUGACGGGAAAUUGGGGAGGUUUGAAUGGGAGCCUGAGCCAUCGGUGGAUGAUGUGGAGUAA